GACACCAUGGAGUGGGCGGGCCCCCGGAGCGGGAGCCGUGUGCCGGGAUGGAGGCUCCCUGGGGUCCGGGCCGCCCCAGGGAGCCUGCGCGCCGCGUGGCCAGCCCGAUUUGACCAGACCCCGACGGCCCCAGGGAGCCGCGGGACGCCCUGGCCAGAGGCUGGGAGCGGAGCUGCGGGUGAGGUGGGCUUGCACGGUUGUGGGGACGCGAGCCGGGUGCCCACGGCCCACGGGGCGCAGACCAAGGCGACCCCGGCCCGGAGCAGCUGUCCACAGGGCCUGCAGACUCAGGACUGGGUAUGUGAGCUCCCCCAGAGCAGGUACCAGCGCCGGCACUGGAACACUGACAUCGAGGAGCGCCGCCAGCUGGCCCUGGAGUCUCCAUCCCCUGAAAAGAGCAUCCUACAGACUGUGUCCUGGCUGCUGUCCGACGGCAUGGACAAGGACGUGCUGCUGCCACCGAUGUCCCUCACUGCCCCGUGGCCAGCCAGGGUUUCCCUCACUGCCCUGCCGCUGUCUGUCCUGGGAGCAUGUGGAACCUCUAACUCUCCACCUUUCUAAGAGCCGACCUCAGCCC